UGUCAGUAUAUUUGUGCGCUAAAUGGAGUUUGGCGGUCAUUUUGAAAAGUAUGAGUACGGCAACGCUGAAAGCGCUAAUUGCUGAACAGCUGACCAUCAGCUGUAGAGCAAGAAUUGUUUUGUUUAAUUUUUUUUUUGAAAUGACAACGUUGCUGCGUGCCUGCCGACGGCCAGCCAUUGCGGGCACAUACAGCAAUGUCUACUUACGGGGAAGCACACCAAACGGCACGUACGAUCGUCGACUGGCAUCAACAGAAGCGGCGGCGGCAAGUGUCCAACUUGCCAAUGCCGGCGGACUAGUCGGAUUCUGGCAGACUCUGUCGAACAGCCCGCCAGUGGCCUAUAUGCAGGAUGCACUUAUCCAGAUCCACGACUACAGUGGCCUGACCUGGUGGUCCUCCAUUGUGCUGUCCACGUUCCUGUUUCGAGGCGUUGUUACGUUGCCGCUGACGAUAUAUCAGCACAAAAUUACGGCGCGAAUCGAGCGGAUAGCCCUGGAAAUGCCGGCCAUAGUGGAGGAGCUAAAGCGAGAGGCUGCGAUGGCCAAGCAAAAGUUCAAGUGGAGCGACAAGCAAACGACAAUCGUCUACAGGCGUUCGAUCAAGAAGCAAUGGCAGAGCCUGAUAGUGCGCGACAACUGCCAUCCCAUGAAGACAAUCAUCGUGUUGUGGGGUCAGAUUCCCCUGUGGAUUUUCCAGUCCGUCGCACUCCGCAAUUUGGUCUACAUGUUGCCGGAUCCGACCACACUGCAAGCGCAGAUAACCGCCACAGAAAUGACAAUUGGCGGCUUUGGCUGGAUACCAAAUCUCACGGUGGUGGACAAUUCCUAUAUACUGCCAGUGGCCCUGGGCCUCCUCAAUCUGGGCAUCAUAGAGCUGCAAUCGAUGACGAGAACACGUGCGCCCACGCGUCUGCAGAAGAUUGCCAAUAAUGUGUUUCGUGGACUGAGCGUCGUGAUGGUUCCAGUGGCCUGCACCGUGCCCUCGGCUCUCUGUGUGUACUGGGUGGCCUCCAGCACCUUUGGCCUGGCCCAAAAUAUUCUGCUUCUCUCCCCAGAAGUGCGACGGGCAGUGGGAAUACCCAAAACCCAAACGGAACUGAGCCAACCCUACGAUCAGAUCUGGCUAAAGAUGCAGCAAAGAGUGGGACUGGCUGAGCAAACGCCGCCAGCAGAUAAGCCGGCAGCCAAGUGAUCCAAUCUCCCCCAUACCCCUAGGCUUAGUCAUCUAGUCUAAAUUAGAGCAGCAGUAAAAUGCAUCAAGAGUCCACGCGUCUCUGCGCCACUGUAAAUCAUCAUCACAUCGCGGAUGAGCAUCCAUUAUCAGCAGUGGCAGAGCAGCAGCUCCAUAAAUACAAAUAUGUGAGGGAAAAACCCUCCCAAAAAAAUAAUACAAACAAAAUGCAGCGAUAAG